ACUACUCUUUAGCACUUGUACUUCCUGUUAAAGUUUAUAUUCAAAUUUUUUAUUUGUUUUCAAUUAAAAGUUUUUAAUUAGCUUUAAUUUCAGUGAAUAAAUCAAACGAAACAAGUGUUGUGUAAAGUUUUAUCUUGUUUAUCAGUAGAUUUUUGACUAUGGAUUCUACGACGUUUUCACUGAAACAGUCUACAUGUCCUUUAACAGUCACGAAAAUUUCAUCAAGACUUGGAUAUUUCAUACAUUUGGCGAUAGGCUGAAGGCUGAAUUGAUCGAGCUAGCCAUGAACCUCGCGCUGCAUGGAUUUUUGUUGCAGGUUUUAUUGUCGAUUCUCAACCUCCAGCAUGGCUCCUUGUUAUGCAGCGCGGGGGAACCUGGCUAUUUGGACUUCGACAAUUUGCCAGAGACGAAUUUCUCGUGCCAGGGGAAAGUGAUCGGUGGAUAUUACGCCGACGUUGAAGUCGGAUGUCAAAUGUUCCACGUUUGCACCAUCGGUCAAAAAGACGAGAUUAUGGACAUAAAGUUCCUCUGUCUGAACGGGACCGUGUUCGAUCAGGAAACCAGGGUUUGCGAGAGGGUUGACGAGGUCGAUUGCAGCAAGAGCGAGCGAUUCUACAACCUGAAUUUGGAACUCUAUGGAAACAACGCGGUCACUCUCAGUUUGCACGAAAACAACGAGGACGACGUCGAUCAACCGGAUCCAACUGACGAUCACCAACGCACCACGUCGGCACGACCCACCACAACAACGACCAGCACGACAACCUCGAAACCAAGCAAACCGUCCACCACUCCAGCUUCCAAUUCCUUUUCCCAUCCCACCGGCUAUCCCCAACACUAUCAACCCCAGCCUCCCUUCCCUCAAGUCCAUACCAGCCAGUCCAAGUCCCUUUAUGACGAUAAGAAUGGCGGAUACCAUCACCAGUACAUCUUUCACAACGGGGAAAGGAGCAAUAAUCAGCAAGCAACUUCGUAUCAAUUGUUCAGCAACCAAGGAGUCGGCUCCACAACCGUUCAACCGCCCCAGGUCCAUCAGAUUAGAUUCAGCUCCACUUCGAAUCCUCAGAUCAUCCAUAACAACGAACCGUCCACGGUCACGCCGUUGUUCCACGCAACCUCGUCGACCAUUCAAACGUUGUUGAACAGCAAUGGGAACGGCGUGAUAAAUCCUAUUUUUCAUAACCAUGGAAUAGCUAGUACCACGGAACAAUUUAUCCACAGUAACAAUCCUAGAGAGACUUCCCAGUAUCGCGAACACGGGGAGCACAAUAUCAGACCUUUGGAGGCUAUCCAAUCGACUAAUAAGGGAAAGAUCUCGAAGUUGACUAUAUCGCCUGUGCCAACGUCGGAAUCGCCGCGAUCGGGGCAAACGAAAACCAACAGCCAGAGCUCCCAACAGCAAAGAAUCUCGGGAAGCUUCCUUCCAACGCCUGCAACCGACGAAACGACCAUCAGAUCCUUCUACCCGACCCCGAGAACUUCGUCAAAGCCGCCCCAAACCUCUCAACCCACCAAUGAACAAGUCACCCAGCACAUACACGUGCUGCCCCCUAUACCUAUCCCUCAAUUGAAGCCCCAUCAGAUCACUAUCAACCUGCCGCCACCCGAUCUUCAAAGAAUAAUCCAAAACCCGUCCUCCUUGCUACCUUCUCAAUCCAGGGUAAUCGUAACGGCCAAGGCAAGCGUCAGCGACGAAUCUGGCAGACCUCUGAACACCACCCAGUUGGUCACUCUUCCGCUUCCAACCAUCCCAGCCAGUUAUGACGAUUACAAGGAGGGGGACGAGUCGUUUGAUCCUUUCUACAGGGACGUUCCUAAAAUUCGGAACAGCAGACGUGUUCGUACGGUGGUUAACGAAGGGAAGAGUGGUUGGAGAGUGAAGAGAUCGAAGAAUUCUAUGGUUUCUUUCGCUUAUGAUGAAGAUUCUAGGAAGAAACAGGAUAGGGAGGAAGUGGCAAGCUCGAGUAGCAAAAACGUUGAGAAUGAAAGUGACACAAAGGAUUUUCGAUCGUUCAAAGAGAGUCUGAUGAGGUUCAGGGAUAUCUUGUUCGGGGACGAGUUCACGGAGGAGGCUAUUCGUAAUGUCUUCGAGGGGAGCAGGUUACAGGGAAUUGGCUCUGAUAAAAAUAUCGAGGGGAAGGAUUCGGAACUGGAGGAUCUAGAAACGAAGGCUUCCAAGAACUUCAAGGCCAGGGAAUACGAGGAUGAUAUCGAGGAGGAGGAGCAGGAUGAAAGGGAUAAAUCCGAUGAACAGUCACAGGAAUUUGAUAUUCCUUUGAGAUCGGAUAGUAAGGAGUCCGACGGUGAAGAAUAUAUUGAUGUGGAUGAGGGGGGAACAAUUGAAUCAGAUUUGAAGGAAGAUAGUGAAGAAAUGGACGAAGAAGAGGAACAAGAAAUUUCGAACGAGAAGGGGAAGAUUAACGACGAAAGUGAGAGAGAUAAGAUCGAGGUCAAAAAGCCGGAACGAAUCAUCGACGUGGUUAUUCUUGAUCCAAAAGAAUAUUCGAAAUCCAAGGAUGCACAAACUUUUUCGAACACGACGGAAAGAGAGCACGUUUCCACGGAGAUUCCAAAACUUUUCACGACUGAAGAGACAAGUAUUAAGAUGGAAAGAGAGUCUAUACAUAGGCAAGAUUCGAAAAAUUCAAAAGAUCAACGUGACAUUGUUGAAGAUAAAACGCAGUCGAAAGAGGUGGAAAGUGAUCGCGAAGAAAACGUAGAAGACGAAAGAAGAAGAGAAAAAUUAAAAGAGUCGAAGCCAAUUGCGGGAAGAAAAAGUUUGAGGAUCAGAUCUAGAGGAAAAGUAUCUUCAAGGAAGAAGGAAAAUAAAACUGAGAAUAACGAAUCUGUCAAAUCAACUGAUGAUAAUCUUCCUGAACAAAAUGUGGAAACAAGUACAACGAGAGUGAAUUCUGAGGUUGAACAGAUUGACAAGAAUAUAUUUGAGGAACCAGAAUCUCAAACUUCAAAGGAAGUCGAUACCAGAGCUGUGAACGACCAUGGUGGUUAUUUAAAGAGUCUGCAGACCGGUAAGGAUCAGGAUUCAGGGAAAGAGAAUCGAAAAGGCGAGGUUAACGACUACGAGACCUCAGAAAAGCAAUCUAAAACUUUGGAAACGUAUGAAGAAGAGUUCAAGAAAAUUUUGGAAGAUGAAGAGAACGUGAAUUUUGAUGAAGCACAAAUCGAAGAAAAAAAGGAAACCGAGGAAACAAAAUUUGACGAAGAAAUGGAACAAAAGCCUGAAACGCUUAAGAAGAAUUCUUCGAUUGAACGUGAAAGUGUGGAAGACGAAUCGACCACAGUUCUCAAUGACGAAGAUUUUGUAGAAGAUAGCUACGAAGUAACCAAAAAUUCUCGCGAGGAGAAAAACACGAAAAAGCUCGAAAAUUCUUCAGAAGAAGAUUUCUCUCAUGAACCGAAGGAUGAAAACACGAAAAUUGAAAGCGAGGAAGAGGAAGGAGAAAAAGAGUAUUCUACGACUAAGAAGGAAGAAAUCAAUUCUCAAGAAGAUUCGAUAGAGCAUCAUGACUCUACCGAGGCAUUUUAUGAAAGUACUUACGAAAUGGAUGAAGAUAACGACUAUAGAGAUUCUGAAAAUUCCGAAGACACCACUAUUUCUUCCUUGGAACAUACUAUUUCCGAAGAAACGCCAAGUGCCAAGGAAGAAAUCCUCGAGGAACGUAUUUUGAGCGAUCAGGAAGAAAGUACCGAAGGGGUUCUUAAAUUCACCGAUGAAUUACCUAAGGAUAGAAGAGAAGAUAUAUUGGAAUCUAAGAAAUCGUCGGAAAUUGUAGAUAAUACCGCGCAUGAUUACGUUGAUGAUAAUUACGAGCCUGAUAAUUAUAAAGAACGCGAAUCUUCAAACUCUAAUAGUCUAAGCGACGAGAAGAGUAACAAAGAAAUGUUGGCUGAUAGAAAAAUAGAGGACACUAAUGAGAAAAUUGAAGAAGACGUAUUGGAAACUACGACGGAGUCUGAAAAAAAUGAGGGAACUGAGAAUCCAGAAGACUUUAACAUGGAGAAGACAGACUUAUUACAGACUACAACGUCAACAACCACAACAACAACAACAACCACUACUACAACAACAACUGUUCGACCUACACCUCCAAAAUUAUUCAAACCAAUCUCUGCUAGGAAAAAUUAUAAUUACAUACCUCCAACGACGACUCCAAAUCCCGUGAUAAUCAAACCUAGAAUAAGUCUUCUCAAUCCCAAACCGGCAAAGCCACCUAAAUCUUACAACGAGUUGGCACCAAAACCAGUGAUCAGAAAACUCACCUUGCUAACUCGUAAACCAACAACUAUGAUGGCUAUCACGACGGCUAUGGAGGACAGUUUAAUGGAAACUACGGAAAUAUCGACUACAGAGUCAACAAUAAUUACUAAUAUAACUGAUGGAAACGAAGAAAAUGUGCUUGAGGACAAAUUAAAGUUUGUUAACGAGACGGAACAGAGAGACAACAUUUCAGCAAAGAGUAAGGAUGAUCAGGACUCUAGUCCAAGCGAGCAAAAGUCCCCAACAAAUGUCAAAAAGGAAGAAAAUGAGGAAGAGAAUUUCACACCUUAUCCUAUCUCCAGAUUAUCCACUACUCUUGCCUCCACUACUGAGAAAAAUUUGAAGGAAAUCGAAUCUACUAGCAUCGAGUCCGAGAAGUCAAAUAGUUCUAAGAGUUUUACUUUGGUAGACGUGGAAAUCCUGAGUACAACAGCUUUAUCGACCACUUUUACUUCCGUCGAGUCUGAUUAUCCCGAGGAAUCAUCUCCAACCACGCAAAAUCCAACUACGCAAGAUGAAACAUCGAUUGCAUCAUCGACCAAAUUCAUGGAUCAAAAUAUGACAGAAAUUUCCGUUACCUCUUCAACUCCUCAAAUAAUGACUUCUUCAGAGUCAUCGACGACUGAACAUGUUGAAGAAAUGGAAUCGACAACGAUUAGGCCUUUGAGUCGAAAAUCGGCAUCGUUGAAAAGAAGAGAUGGUUUCAAUUGCCUGGAGAAGGAGAUGUACCGUUUCUAUGGUGACAAUAGGGACUGUAGAUUGUUUCAUUAUUGUUCUCCUGGAUUUACGUCGAGGCAGGUGCUCGAUUUCCGAUUCGUGUGUGAAGAGGACACCAUUUUUGACGAAGAAAGCCAAAGUUGUCGCCAUAAUGUUAAGAACAAAAAAUGCCUGAAAAGACAGUGGUAAUGAGAAGAGUCAGGAUUUUCAAGAAAAUUUGCAUGCUCUCCCUUCGUGUCGCUGACAACAUUGAUUUUGGUAAUUAGUGAAUCCACAACCUCCCCUAGUGUAUAUUUAUGUAUAUUGUUAAUAUGUAAGAUCUCUUUCUCUUUCUCUUUCUCUGUCUUUCUCCUGUGGAAGAGGAUAUCACCUCUUUCUUUAAGUAUUUGCCAUAACCCCUGUACAUGAUGAUAAUGGAUUCACACUUAUUAAAAUUAAUACGUUCGAAUAGAUUGUUCGAACACGCAGCUCACGCGAGAUGGGAAAAAUGGAUGACUGAUCCUAUUUCUUUUCUUUUUUUUUUUUUAUAUUCUUUUUCAACGCUUAGAAUACUUUAAGCAAUGAAUGAGAUUACAGAAUUGCGUUUUCCGUUUUUUAGAAAGAACGAUAGAGAGAACA